AGGGGAGUCAGGAUUGGGACAGGGCAAAAUUUAACAGAACACACAUAUUGGGAGGAAUGAUUGUGUACAAAAUGAAGGGGGACUCUGAAGGUGAUGGGACUCUGAAGGGAGACUCUGAAGGUCCAUUUAACAGAAAAAGGUCCAUUUAACAGAAAAAGCCACAGCAACGCGUGGCAUGGCCAGCUAGUAUUUAAUAAAAAAAAUUAAAAAUCCACUGAGGAUGGAUUAUCAGAAUAGUGGCUUUAUGCAGUAUCCCUAGACCUGUACCUAUACAGUACUGUAUCAUAAUUCUUUGAGAUCUUAGGAGAAAAUGCAGAAUGAGGGACUGAGCACAGAAUUCAACUUCCAAAAGAAUCUUAGCUUUAGCUGAAACUAGUCCUAUUGGUUGCAAAUAUAUGAUUGAAACUGUGCCAAAUGUGAGCCAAUGUGGUGCAGUGGUAGAGUGUCAGACUACCCUGUUUCUCCGAAAAUAAGACACCGUCUUAUAUUUAUUUUUCCUCAAAAAACCACACUAUGGCUUAUUUUCCUCCUCCUGCCGCGGCCGGCAUUGCUGCUGCGCCUAUCACUAUGUCUUAUUUUCAGCGUAUGGCUUAUAUUCCUUGAAUACUUAAAAAUCCUGCUAUGGCCUAUUUUAUGGCUACGUCUUAUUUUUGGAGAAACAGGGUAGGAGCUAGGAGACUUGGUCACAGAGCUCACUUCCUUGAGCCUAACCUACCCCACCAGUGACCUAACCAGUCACUUCUCAGCCUAACCUACCCCACUGGGUUGUUGUGGGGAUUAAAUGAGGAAGAGGAGACCCAUUUUCACUACCUUGAGUUCCUUGGAGAAAGAGGUGGAAGAUGUGUAAUUUUAAAAAAUGCUUUCACAAUCUCAAAAGAAAGAGGAGCUGCCAAGUAUGAUCUCUAGUGACUGUGGACGAGGCUUCUUUGCAACUUUUUGCCCCUUCCCAUGAUGUAUAAACUCAUAAUUGAUUUGCAUAAUUUUGUUUGCAUAAUUUGUACAGAUUGCAGAACUCAACUUUUCUUGAUGCAGAAUUUUAGCAUUUGCAACACAUAGCACAAGAAACCCUCUGCAUCAGUUUUGGUGUGUGUGUGUGUGUGUGUGUGUGUGUGCACAAGCCUUCAGCUUGUAUGUAUGCAUGCUUCCCAUCAGACUUUCCUUCUGGAGUGCAGAGUUUUACAUGUCAUUAACGGCUGCCUGAGCCACUGCAGCCGCAAUAGCACUUCUUGGUUGCUGAACCUGGAAUCUAUAGUCUCUGAGUUGCUUUAAAACCACUCAAGCUCUGGCUCUUAUCCAGCUACAGCUGCCUUCCACUGUGAUGUGCUGCUCAAGCACUCAUGCAUCCCAGCCUGCCUGCUGCCUCUUGGUCCCCCAUUCAUCUGUUUGGGGAUAUUCUUCAUUUCCCAUUCUUCUUAACAUAUUAACGCAAAUGUUUUCAACCUUUUUGAGUCCCUUGAGGACUUAAGUGUUGUUGACCAACUACACUCUUUCUGUGCCACCCCUAUGGGGCUCAGGAGCCCAGUUAUGUGCCCCCCCCCCCGGCCUGGAGAGCCGGCAGCCUCUCAACCUUUUUCGAACACCUUUCCUUGUGGAGUGUUCCCUCAGCCUCCUCUCCUUGAAAGUCCUCUGGGCAGCCACUGCUGCCACCCCUGGUCUCUGAGCUACCCCCCCACUCCACCCCAAAGAGAAGUGCCUCCUCACACUGCCCCACAGGGGUCUGGGAAGAGGAUGUCCCCAGCCUUAGUGGACCAACAAAGAUUGGCCAGAGGUGAACAUGAGGCUAGCAGUUUACCUUGGGAGAAAGCAGUGGGUGCUGCCCAGCCUGUGUGGUUGAAAGGCUCCCCUUCAGCACCGGACACUCAGCUCCCAGGCAGGCCUUGCACACAGCAAGCACAAGAAAGGCCAGCUCAGCACAUGCCUGCCUGCCUGGCCUCCCACUUGUCUGUCCAUUCCCAACAGCAAGGGCUGGCUGGCUGGGCUUCCUCACCCCCUUGCUUGCUUACUCCAAGACCACCUUCAGCUCCUGGCAACCAGCACCCCAUGGCCAGCCCCUUGGCCAGCCCCCUUCGCCUGGAGAGCUUGUAGCCAGGACUGCUGCAGCAAACAGUCAUGCAAGCCUUUGGGAGGCAGACACAUGAGUGGGCAUCAGAAGAAGGAGGUAAGGAAAGAGGGACAGAGGCCAGUGUUGCCCGCAGCACCCCUGACCAUCAUUCAAAGCUCCCAAAGGUGCCACAGCACACUGGUUGAAAACCACUGUAUUAAUAUAUUCCUGCUUAGCAUGCUUCUCAGCUCUCUUGCUUUAUUUUUAAAAAUAUUUUAAUACUCAGAGUAUUUUAAUACUUUGUUGUUUGCAUGGUUGCUUUCUCUAGCUCGUAGCUCUUUUCUCUUCUUGGCUUCCCAGUAGUUACUUCCCUCCCUGCUCCCAAACAAGUAUUCCCUCUCGCUUCUGCCAGUGACUCAACAGCCCUAAGCUGUAGGCUGGGACAUGCCUGGAUAUGAUUUUUGGGCUGGCUGUGCUGGUGCAUCUCAGCAUCCUGGUUUAGUGCGGGAAUCCUGCCAGGCCAUGGUGCAGGAUUCACUUCGUAAACGUCCUCACACCUGAGAUGAGAACAAGCAUGGGAGACGCAUCUGAGGAACCCUCAACCAACCGAAGGUUGGAAAUGUAGCCUUUGAAGGGGUUUGGUAGGGGAGUGAAUGUGGCUGGGCUAAAAACUGCUGCAGCCAUGUGAUCAGAAGUUGUCUGUCCCCUGCAUUUAUAGAAUAAGGCAUGGUUCACAAAAAGCAACUCCGGCUGUAUUAUUUAUUAUAUAUUUAUUUCUAGAAAAUUUAUACAUAACUUGAUUGUAAAAAUCCUCAAAGCGGUUUACAAAAAGAUAAAACAAGAAAAUCAAGAAAAAAUCCCAGCCAUACUUUAAAAUAUACAAAAGUUAAAAUACUCAAACAGUCAUUCUCUCCCUUUCCCCACAACCUGGACAAAUGUGUGCUGUAACCGUGUAAGGCAGGCAUGGGAAACUGGUGGCCUUCCAGAUGUCACUGGACUCCCAACUCGGAUCAGUCCCAACCAGCAUAGCCAAUGGUCAAGGAUGAUGGGAGUUGUAGUCCAGCAACUUCUGAGGGGGGCCCUUGUUCCCCACCUAAGUGGGGGGAACUUAUAAGGAAACCUAAGUGUGAAUCAGACUGCAUGUUCUGUGGUUGAGGCAAAAAUUAUUUUCAACUCGUUCAGUCAGAGCAAUUGUUGUGUCACAUUAGUGCUCCCCACACAAUCUUGUGGCUGAGAGGUGUCUGUCAGAUCUUGAAUGUAGGAGAAGUUGCCUGUUCAAUACUGCUUUUAAAAGCCUACUCAAGCAGCCUCUUUCUGCGUCCUCUUUAUUUGGUUCUGGCACUGUUACAGUUAGAAGUUGUAGAAACCAGCUGGGUAGAUUCUUUGAAAAUAUUUUGUGUGUUUUUGCAUGCAUAUGCAAGCUAUCCCUGUAGCAUCUUCAAACACAUUUAUUUACAGGAUGGCUUUCAUUGGCAAGAGAGGCAUCUGAAUGUGAAAAUAUGAAGUUGCCUUAAACUGAGUCAAACCAUUGGUCCAUCUAGUACAGCAUUGCCAACUCAGACUGGCAACAUCUCUCCAGAGUCUUGUAUUCUGAGGAAUUUUGUAGUCCUGCUCUCAAAUAUCAUUUUAACUGGAGAUGCCACAGUUUGAAUCAAGGCACCCUCUGAAUGCAAAGCUGUGGGUAGUAGCCCUGUGUGCCUGAUGCAAUUCCUUCAGACUCCAUGGUCUACAUCUCCUUAGAUGUGGACAUACACUUCGUAUCCCUUCAAAGCUAUCUGGUUAUGCUCUAUGGCACUGUUGCCUCACAAAGCCUGAUCCUACGGCCUUCUUUUCAAGUGUUAUGGGAGCAUUUCCCCAUUUGCUUCUUGUGUUCAUGGGAUUUACUAGCCUCUCCAGCGCUGUGAUUAGGUUGACCUGCAGAAAGAACAGUGAAAUUGAUUAGCAUCCCCACAUGCUUCAAGAGCAUUGUUAUCCACUGUUGUCUGAAAAUGAGGUGCAUUUUUUAUACCUCUUUUCUGUUGUUGUAAAGGAUGAGGCAGAGCCCUGCAACAUGACAAAAGUGCACCAAUCCAUUCAGUCGACUGUUUUACUCUCUGUAAUAUUUGCUGCUGCAAAGAGAAGUUUGCUUCUUCGAAAUUUCACUUAAGUCCAUAAGAAUGUAGCAGUUGAUCUCAAAAUUGCCGAUGCCCCCGUUUCUGUUACCUGCAAGGGUUCCCAGUAAUUGCUUCUCUCCAUGCAGCCACAUAUGAAACACUAGUUGUGGGUCUACUGUUACUAUACUUCUCCAUUAGAAGAAAAUAUUACUCUCUGUAUGUUAAUAUUGCUUUUGAUGUAGUGAUGGGCAUCCCAGCAUCAAAGCCUUCCCAGAAGUCUCACUGGCACUUUAGGAUGCUUUAUGAGAUGUUAGGAUGUCUAUUUCUGAUGUAGGUAUAUCUGCAUUCUCAUGUUGUUGGAUCAGUCACUGCUUCAGGAACCUUUAGCACUGCUCCACAAUUAUCUUCCCUUCCUCCUAUACUGUAGUCUGUUUGGGGUCAUAUACCACUCAGUCACUUUUGCAGGUCUACACAUUCUAUUCCUAUCGAUGAUAGAUUCUUUCUGAGCCAAAGUAAAUAAGACAUCCAGAAUCUCCUACUACAGAAGUAUUCAACCUUUUUGAGUCCAUGGCUCCCUUGACCAACUACAUUCUUUCUGCAGCACCCCUGUGGGGCUCAGGAGCCCAGUUAGGUCUCCCCUUGCCUGCAGAGCUGGCAGCCCCUCGCCCCUUUUUGAACACCCUCCCUUGUGGAGUAUUCCCUCAGCCUCCUCUCCUCUCUCCUCUCCUUGGGCAUCCUCCAGGCAGCCUCCAAGGAAAAAACAUUGCUCUUCCUUUCAUGCAUGCGAGUCCGUAACUGUCUUAAGCAGUAUUUUCGCUGUCGUCAUGUUUCAAAUAAAUGUUGCUAAAUGAAUGGUAACCUCUAGAAAUCCUUUUCAUAUCAAUCAGCCUUCUUGUUUUGUCUAGGUAUUUGAGCUAUGGUUUCUAUUCUAGAUGCAUCAAGUUUUAAGGUUUCUUUGAGUAAGAUACAGCUGGUGUAUUUUAUUUUUGAAAUGGCAAAUUUGCAUUUUCCUUUAUUCAGUUUCAGAUUUCUCUGAGGAGUUGUGUAGAAUUAUGUUCUUUUAUGGUAUUUCCCCACAUGAGAACAUAAUCUAUAGUGGUACACUUCUGUUAUUUUAGACUCUAGACUUACUCAUCUUACAGAAGUUCCCACUUUUUCAAUGGUCAUGUGUGUUAUUUCACUUACUUCAAAUUGCAGUAAACCAGCCUUGCUGAGUUGGUGAGUCCUCCUGCUGAAAGGAACCCAUUACCUCUUUCCCAAAGUCCUGACCUGGUGGCAUCACUGGUGGGCUGGUGGCAAAAGUGGGCAAAUCAAAGGAUGUGUAGGACACAUUCUAACUGCAAAAUUCAGAGGUUUCUAUCCCCAUGCCCCACAUCUCUGUGUCCUUCAUCCAGGCAAACAAAGAAGCAUUAUCACUCGGAUCCAUUCCAGCCCACAAAAACAUUUGAGGGCAAGGAGGCAAGCAGUGUGGUCGGGAGAAGAGGCCUGGAAGGAUUUAUUUGGCCCUCAAGCCUGAGGUUUCCCAUCCCUGUUAUAAAGAAGAUUGCAAUGCUCACUGCUGUUGGAAGCUGGGAUUCUGAAGUAUAAGUGAAGCAAGGAUAUUCUGCAUCGGUCUGGCAGGCCUUUUCUGUACCUUACCGAAGACUCUGCUUCCUCAGGCUUCUGCAAGUCCCUUCGGAAUGAACACAUUCUCACUGUGGUCUUGCCUUGAUGCCCUCUAAUACAGACGUCCGAGAGUGGGCACAAGUGUAACCUGUUGUUGGAGAGCCAUGGGGAACACCUUCGACUCCUACUUCAACAAGCAAAAGAUUGUGGAGCACUACAACUUCACCAAGGAUAGGCUGGAGAAAGAUGAUGACCCUUCACUGUCAAGCGGCUCUGUUGCUAUCAUUGUGCUUUGCUGCUUUAUAAUCCUGGAGAACCUGCUGGUGCUCAUGUCCGUCUGGAGGAACAAGAAGUUCCACUCGGCCAUGUUCAUCUUCAUUGGCAACCUGGCCUUUUCAGACCUGCUGGCUGGCUCAGCCUUCAUAGCCAACGUUGUACUCUCAGGCCCAGCCACUUUCCACCUCACCCCACUGCUGUGGUUCGUGCGAGAGGGCACAGCCUUUGCUACCUUGGCAGCCUCAGUCUUCAGCCUGCUGGCCAUUGCCAUAGAGCGGCAUGUGGCCAUCACAAAGGUGAAGGUCUACAGUAGCGACAAGAACUGCCGUAUGGUACUUCUGAUUGGCGCUUGCUGGGUGAUCGCGGCAGCCAUUGGGGGGCUGCCCAUCCUUGGCUGGAACUGCAUACAUGACCUUCACAAGUGCUCCACUGUCCUACCGUUUUACUCCAAACACUACAUUGUCUUUGUGGUCACCAUCUUCACCGCCAUUCUCUUCUCCAUUGUGGUCCUCUAUGUCCGUAUCUAUCGCAUCGUCCGCUCCAGCCAUGCGGAGAUGGCUGGCUCCCAGACUAUAGCCUUGCUCAGGACAGUCACUUUUGUCCUGGGGGCCUUCAUCAUCUGCUGGCUCCCUGCCUUCAUCAUCCUCUCAAUAGAUGCUUCAUGUGCCAUAAAGUCUUGCCCCAUCCUUUUCCAGUCAAAAUAUUUCUUUGCCUUUGCUACCCUCAAUUCAGCCAUCAACCCUCUCAUCUACACCCUCCGCAGCAAGGACAUGAGGAAGGAGUUCCUGCGAGUACUCUGCUGCUGGGGGAUGAUGGGGCGGGGGAAGCCUUCAGAGCGUUGCAUGAUUCCCCUCCGUAGUUCCAGUUCCUUGGAACGGUGCACCCAAAAGCAGGACAAUCCUACUGCGCCUUUCAUGAAGAAGGAACAUUCCACAUUUGUAUGAAAAAACUCAAGGAAGGGAACUAUGGGGUAAAUGAUGAAAGAAAGGGGAGUGGCUUGGACCUAAGUGAGCGGUACAAAGGCGAUGUGGUACAUGGGAUGCUAACCUCCUCGUGGCCAAAUCAACCUCCCUUUGACAUAGGUGGAGGUGUCCGUUUGUUCACUAGACCUGCACAGUAUUAGAACGUUCUGUUAGUGUGUGUGAGAGAGAGGGGGGGAGGGAGGGAGGGAGAGAAGGAGAGGGGAGAGAGAGAGAGAGAGACUGAAUGACUUGAAGUGACAGUUUGCUUUGGUACAGUUCUGCUCCUUUACUAAAAGGUGCACUGCCUGUUUUGUACACCCAGAGUUCCUUCUGUCCUGCACCUCAGAGCAUGCUUUUAUGACUUCCCCCUUCCCAAAGCAUUCACUCCUUUCCAAGGAAGUAGCAACCAGUCACUCAAAUCUGCUUUGUUCUCUUUGCCUUGGUCCUAAUAUGGCCAUAGAGCAGCCAAGGAGCUUCCUUGAGUGACUGGAGGUGAAAACAGAUGCAAAACAUUUUUGGAACAACAAGGGCACUUUGAUAGUUCUGUUGCUGCCUGCAGUGCAAGUGUGUGUGUGUGUGUGUGUGUGUGUGUGUGUGUGUGUGUGUGUGUCUCCUGCUCUGGGCUCUGCUCAAACUGGUUUUGCAAGUUUUCUGUGCAUUUCAAGUUGAGCCAGGAAAAGGCCAAUUCUUCCCUUCACAGAAUCAUAGAAUUGUAGCAUUGAAAGGGACCCCAAAGGUCAUUUAGUCAAAUCCAGAGAUGCAUGUGUGGCUGGUAUGAGUGCAUGUUGGCUAGAGUAAAGCCAAGCUGUGUGCUCUCUCCAUCACUUAUGAUCCCUCAUGAUUACUGCACCACCCCCACCCUUGGUGAGGUGAAGGAUGUGCAUAAAUGCAUAUAGAGCUCUCAGGUUGGGGGAGUCGUAUGAAACUGUGCUAUCCUAUGCUCACACUUUACAUUCAUAUGUGUGUGUAUAUACACGUACACACACACAAAUAUAUAUUAUUUUUAGCAUGGCUUAUUAAGCAGAGUGCAUUCAGUCUCUCCCAUUCUUAAAGUGGUUUUUUUUUUUGCAAAGAAGAGCAAAAAAAUCAUUGCAGCCUUGCCUUGCUGACUUAAGAUUGAGGAGAGAGUCACAGGGCAGUUAUAAGGGGGGAAUCGUGCUGGAAAUAAAUACAGUGCCCCUCUUCCAGGGCUGUAGCUUGGUGGGAGCAACCCUGUGAGCCACUUCCAGUUAGGAGACAAUACUGAGCUAGAUGAACAGUGGUCAGAUUCCAAAUAAGGCAGUUUCCUGUGUCCAGCUUGGAUAGGAGGGGCAUCAACAGCUGCAGUCGCCUUGGUAGUUGGCAGAGGUGGGGGGGGGGCGGAACAGGGGGCUGGGCAAAAGCCAGAGAACUGGGUGUUUCAAAUUUUGUACCUCAUUUGAAGGGCAACCCAUGCCAGCAUGUGGAUAAGGGCUCCUCUUUUGAUGUCUAUUUAAAUUGCAGAACAGUUUCCCACUGGAUUGUAUUCCAUGACAAUUAGCAGAAGAGGCUUCCAUCUGGAUUUUCCCCUCCAGGAUGGCUCAGAACAAUUUAAAACAAACUGCAGCCUAGGGAGACAGGCUUAAGGGGUGUGCCAAGGCAGCAUUGAGGGGAAAGUUGCUUCUAUGAUCAUUAGGAACAGUGUGGUGCAUGUCUACUCAGAAGUAAGUCCUGCUGAGUUCAGUUUAAAUUACUCCCGGGGAAGUGUGUGUAGGAUGGAUGGCUGGUUUGACAGACUUGGCUUCAUCCCGUUGAGUCAUCAGAAUCAAGAGCCCUCUUUCCUCCAGCACUGCAUGUGAGUGUUGGAAGGCUAGAUUUGCACACAGAUGCAGCCACCCUCAGGAUGCGUUCCCAACCUGUAAUACCAGUCGACAACAGGAGGCCCUUGACUCCCAGCCCCUCUGCAAAAGUUCUUCUGUAGUGUGGGAACAAAUGUGUGGGUUUGGGGGAGGUGGGUUUGUGAGGCUGGGGGCAUUGCUAAGGAAGGGGUGAAAAGAAGAGAGGUGUGUGAGGGCUAUUCCUUCAAGGAAAGAGCCAGGUGUGGGUGGGUGUCCUGCCUACAGCUGCUGCAGGUGGAAACAUGAUUCACCCAGUAUGAUGUGCAGGGACAUGCCAUUGAGAAUGAGGAGGGUGUUUUUAUGAAUGGGAAUGAGAUGCAGGCGUGGGAAUCAUGUCCCUCCUCAAGCACAGGUGAUGCAGCCCAGAGGCUGGAGGGGGUGGGAGAUUGCUUUAAAUAAUGCACCCUCCUCUUCGCUGCCUUCACCUCCUCAGAACAACGUUUUGUAGGAAUAAAAUAAGCCUGUCUGGUACUCUUUUUAAAAAUCGUUUUCCUGGCUAAAAACCAAGCAAAACUUUAAAGAGUGUUGAUUCUUGGUUUAACAUGGCUGCUGGUUCUAAACAAGAACCCAUAGAAAUGUAAGAAUUGCUUAUGGAGUGGGGAGUGGGGAACUGCAGUGUAAGGGUCUGUUAAUGGGCAGUUGUGCACCCUGUCAAAUGUUGCCCAUAAAGACCUUGACGCACAAAUCAGGACAUAUCUGACUCAGGGCUAUUUCAUCAGAAUAUGUGAAUUGGGAUUUCUUUAGUUGGAUGGUAGCUAGCCAGCUAAGUCCAUCCACCUCAAACAGAGCCCUUAGGAUAUUUUUAGCCCUGGCCCUUCUGCAGUUAUAAAUUUAAGCACUGAAAGGUGCAGAUACCAGGCACAUGGCAAAGCAUGCAGAGGAUGGGUGAAAUUACAAAUACUUUCACCCAUGUGCAUGUAUAUAGUAAGCCACUAUGGUUUACCCUCCUGUGCAGGUAAGAACCUAAGCAAACUGAAGGGAGUGGUGGGUUUUGUUUUGUUUUUUUGGUAAUGUCAAAUCACAGUGCAAGCCUGUGCACAUCUAUUCAACAGCAAGUUGAGCUGAAUAAGACUUACUCCCAGAUAAGUGUGUGUAGGUUUGACGCCUGUGAAGCAUAUGUGUGCUUGCACUGCUUGUUGUAACAAUGAAGUAUUGCAUGUGUGUGCACACACAACCUCUGUGUGCAAGUGCCAGUAGAUGUGGAUGUGUGUAAGUUGCCUGGCUGCAAGGUAUUUCUUGAGUUGUAAUUUUGAAAUCUGCAUUGACACAGGUCUAUGGCCUGUGUCCACGCACUCCAAGCCAGUGACGUGUGCAUUUAGGCUGGUGCCUAUGCUUGUUCGUUUUGUUUUGUUUUGUGUGAAUGGAGCUGGAGUGCUGCUCUCCUCCAGCAAUAGCAUGGAACCACUGGAACACUUGUGUGCAUGUUCUGUGAUGCCAUGCAGAACCUCACUGGCUCUCUGUUCCCUGUGUCUGGUUUUCUUGUACUUGCUUAUAUCUCUCUCUUCUCUUGAGCCCUUGGCUGCUUUCAAGAGGAGACAGCUACAUGGUGCUUAAGUGUAUUCUUCUGCCUCUGGAGAGUGGGGGCCAUCCCACCUCUGCUUCAAGCACUUAUCACAAGCUACUGCAAGCAAAUGAAGGGCAAAGAGAGCAGAAAAAUUUUAUCAUCCCCGCCCCCCCCAAGAGAGUUUUGGGUGGCAAUGUUUCGUAGGAUUAUUGCCUUUACUGUGAGCGUUCUUCCCACUGUUCAGAGGUUUUGCAGGAUUUUGUAGAACUUCAAAAACCUUGUUUAAUUGGAGACAACACUGGGGCAAAAGAAUGGCAUGUUUGUGUGUUUGUGUACAACAUGCACACACAAAAUGGCUCUACCCUACUACUUUCAUUUCUCUUAAGAACUAUUGUUUGUCCUCACUUCUGGAAACAGUCAAUCCACUCCCUGCUCCCACAUCCAAAUGCAUCAAGCCCAUGCUUAGUGGCCACCCCUCCCCGUUCCCCCAUCACUUCAUGACACCGCUGUAAGUAGUGACAGUUUCAGGAUAGGCUGUAGCUGGGCAUUUUAGCACUGGGUGAGGCCUUGGAGAUCUUUCAAUAGACUUUUCAGCACCCUCACUAAAUUGCAAUUGCAAGGAUUCUGUGGAGGAAUCAAUGACCUUUAAAAAUAUAUGAAGCUGGCAAUACAUUUUGUUGUACAAAGUGAAUCUAGUGUAGGAAAACACUGGGUCAGUCAUUGGAAGGAUUCUAGAGGCAGAAGUGAACUGUUGCAAUCUCUCUCUCUCUCUCUCUCUCUCUCUCUCUCUCUCUCUCUCUCUCUCACACACACACACACACACACACACACACACACACACACCAAAGGGUACGGUCUUGACUAUUCAAUCCUACUAUCCUUUCCCGAACAGAAUCUUGUCUGUGGAAACACUAACGGGGGGGGGGGGGGUGUUUUUUAAACAUUAUUCUCCCUUUUAAUGGAGAUUUGUAUGUAUUAAACUACUUGCUUCUA